AUGAAUGGAAGGAUAUCAAAUCGUCCGCCAUUGAAACUAAACGAAUUUAUCAAUCAGAAGCUGCCUGAAGUUGAGCCAUGUGAUCUUAAUGAAGACCCGGUGGAAGCUUUGGCGCGGUUUUUUGUUUUAGGCAACUCAACUCCAACGAGACCAAUCAAUGGACAACCACAGAAUAGAAAACGUAAGGGUGUUUUGUUAUUUUUUGGUAUUUUAGGUAUUAAGUUGAUAUGAAAAGGACAGAAAUUUUUUGACGUUUUAUUUUUAUGGCUUGGAUCUACCAAAUUAUAACAAUGUAAUGUCAUUUUUUUCUGAACACUAUAAAUUUUAGAGUUUGCUUUCAAAGGACUGAAUAUUAUCGACAUUGGACGGCAGUUUUUUGGUUCGAUACCUAAAGAAAAAUUGUUUUCUCGGUUCCUCGAACUAUAUGAACAUGUACCCGUAUACGUAGCAAACCAGCAGUCUAAUUUGUUGUACAGAGAAAGUCUUACACACUCUCAGUUUUUCUUCAAGGUAUGUCAUUACUUUUUUGGGUAUGAACAAAUAGUAUUUGAACUAUACUUUUUGUUUUACUUGUUAAUGGUUUUGUUUUUAGACUUUUCUGUUGUUUUGCCGGAGUAUAGCACCACAAAAUGCGUAUAAGAAGGGACAAUCUCUUGGACCAUUUAAGCCAUGCAUUCCAAUAUCAGAAACGGAAAUGGACCAGUUCUUGAUAUUGUUGGCUAGACUGGAAUUCCCUAUCAGAUGUAAAAUAUGGAGCUUAUUAGCUGCUGCUAAAAUUAUAUUAGUUCAUGGUAAUAAACUACUGGAGGAAGCAAUUUUAAGGGCAAAAGAUCAUAAAGAAGUAACGUAAGUUUUUAUUGUCAUUGUAAGUCUAUGUAUUUAGGUACAAUUUAUAAUGUAUUGUAGUUUAAAAUAUUUGAUCUUUAACGUUUUUAAGUACUUAAUUCUGUUUGGAAUCUUUUGUCGUACCUUUUUGUUUAUCAAGGACAUUUUCGGAGUUACAUUUUAAAUAACUUCUUCAUUACAGGUUUUGCGCUUUAAGUUUUGGAUUUCAUCGAUACGGCUGCGCUUUUAACACAGAAGAGGAUAUGCAGACGCUGAUGUUAUUAGGCAGGACAAGCGGCCAGUUUGUAGAAGAAUUUUUGGGCAAAAGGACAGAAGAAGCCAGAGAAUAUGCACGACGAGCACUGACUGAAGUUGAAGCCUGGAGUUUGGACGAGGAACUGUUUAACAGAGCCAGGAAGAGGUUGUGCGAUGAGAAGAAGCAAAAAGUUUUGACGUUUGAGGAGUUUUCUGAUAAUAUUGGCGAUAUGAUGUGCGAAUUACGGAAAGGUAGAGUGUUUAAUAUUCUAAAUUUUGGACAUAUGAUGGGUAAUUUACAUUUUAAACGAGUGAUCAGAGUAUACCUUGAUAUUUCACUAUUUAUACUUUAACAAUCUAUAAUAUAAAUCACGUGUACUUACUACAAAUUUUUAGAAAUGCCUCGAUGCAACAAGAUAUCUAAGCCCUGGGCAUACGUAGCCUUCUCUAAAGCCCUACAAAAACGAUACGGUACCGGUGAAUGGGGAAUAGAACAUUUGUACGAUCUGGCAUUCUGUCUUAUAAAGCAACGUCCGGAAAUGCGCUCUCACAUAGUGAAAGAACUUCGGGAAAGGUGUGCGGAUCCUAAGGCAGCUAUGUAUUGGCAAAAGUUUGAUUGCACAUUGGACACAGAACGAGUAAAAAUGCAACGGCUGGCCUAUAGUUUGGAGAACAGAAUGAAACGACAACCUCCAGAAGGAGAAUAUCUGAAGCUACCCGCCGAUGUCGACAUUUUCUUUGUGGACAACGCUAUGAAACUGGCCUGUAUCGAACAUAACUUGCGUGGUAUUCAAAGAACAGGAAGAUAUACGGCUGUGGUUGGGUUAGAUGCUGAAUGGUCGGCCUAUGUUUUGACCAGCAGGUAAGUUACAGUAUGAAUUAUAUUAGUUAAUGAUGUCAAAUUUUACUGAUUAGUACCUCUUUUUUGAUGCAAAUAAUCCUGUUUGUCCAUUUAGAGCAUCGAUUAUCCAAAUUGCUUUUGAAAAGAUGGUGUGCAUAAUAGAUCUAGAUCAAAUCGACGAUCAUGCAGCCCUGACAGAGUUCAUGGACCGUCUAUUUUUGGAUGAGAAUAUCUUAAAGAUAGGGUUUCAUUUUGGAGAAGACUUGGUUCAAAUUCGAAGACGAUUGCCUAAUUGUAACAGCUUGUACGAACCUGAGAGCUUGAUCUGCAUAUCACGAGUCGUGGAAAAGCUGAUCAGUAUCACAACGGCAAGAAACCUAAAUCCAGAAAAAUUCAUAAAUUUGGAAAAGGCCAAAGAAAGACGAAUGGACGACUCGAUUGUUGCAGCAGAUACAUCAGUAAUUGAAGAUGAACAUGAUGACACACUGCCACUUACUCCCGUAGUGAAGAUGGCAGAGAAGAAGGAAGAUUCCACUGUGAAGACACUGGGGUUGUCAGCGUUAUGUAUGGCAUUGUUGGGAGGAGAAGUGAACAAGAUCGAACAAUGUAGCGUUUGGGACAGGAGACCCCUCAGGAACUCGCAGGUAAGCUUUAUAUUUUUUAAAUUUUAUUUACAAUAUCCGGCCGAAAAUAAAAGAGCUUUGAUAUGGAGAAAAUUUUACUGCACUUAUGAUUAGGAAAUGAAUUUAUUUGUUAGACCAUAAAAACUAUAAUAAACAACUUUAUUUUUCAGUUACAAUAUGCAGCUCUAGACGCCCAUGCCAUGCUGAUGUUGUACGAUUCUUGUAGUAGAUGGGCUCAACAACUCGGAGAGAACAUUGAUACCAUCUGUGCGGAACAAGAACGCUACAGAAUCCCGCUACCGCUUCUCUUUGACAAAACCAAACUUGAAUCCCACAAAGCAAUCGAAGUCUGCAAAUCGCCUUGGGAUUCUGAUUAA